UGGGAUACCCGUGGUAUAUAAAGCCGGGCGUCAUGCUCUCACCACGGCCAUGACAUCAGGUCAAUCCCAUACCUAAAACACCAUACUACAAGACUCGAACUUGUCAAUCUCAAGAACCCCAACACCAUGGCAGUAGGCUCCUCUACGAUUCCCCGCGGUCCCGUCACCGCCGCCCUCCACUUCUACGCGCCACCCGCCAAUGCCGCCGAGAAGCCCUACAACAACGUCGAGCCAGCAGCCGGCCAGCCAGAGCGCAACUACUCAGACGCCGUCAAGCAAGUCCUCAUCAACGACGCCCGCGGCCGCGAGGCCGAGUUCACGCUCGACAAGGACGCCUUUGCCAUCCUGUCAUCCCAACCGCCCAGCGCGGAGGAGCAGUUUGCCGACGACGAGAGCAUCAAGGCCAACUACUACCCCGAGGUCGAGAAGCUGCUCCUGGACCAGGUCAAAGGCGCCGAAAAGGUCUAUCUCUUUGACCACACCAUCCGCCGCGCAGAUCCGACCUCGUCGCGCCACCCCGUCACUAGAGUCCACAUUGACCAGACAGCGUCGUCCGUCGAGAAGCGCGUGAGACGCUACUACGCGCCCGAAGAGGCCGAGCGUCUACUCCAGGGCCGGUACCGCAUCGUCAACGUCUGGCGGCCGCUGAACAAGACGCCCGUCGAGAGUUUCCCCCUUGGCUUUGCGUCCAGCGCCACCCUCGACGAGCGAGAUGUGAUCCCCAUUGAGCACAGGUAUCCGGAUGGCUACACGGGCCAGACGGCUGCCAUCCAGCACAACCCGGCGCAGGAGUGGUAUUACCUCAGUGGCAUGACGGGUGAUGAGAGGAUCCUGCUCGAGUGCUUUGAUAGUGAGAGCUUGAAGGCGGGCAGUAAGAUUGGGGGUAGAGUGCCACACUCGGCGUUCGUGGACCCCAGGACCAGGGAGGAUGCCGAGGGGAGGGAGAGCAUCGAGGUGAGAGCAUUGGUCUUUGGACCUUGAAAUGUGGAAAGGAAAGACAGAGCGAUUUGAUAAUGAGCGUACGAGUGUAAUGAUAUCAUAACUACUAUAAUGCUAUUGUGUAUAACACGUGUGAAUAGCUCGUGUCCAAGCAGUUGUACCUUGGCGUGACAAA